UAGUAUCUGCAUUUGAUAAAUAAGGCAGUGGGGUUCAGAGAUGUUAAAUGACUUGCCCAAAGUCAUGUGGAACUUAGCUUUUCUGACUCCUAAAGUGUGUACAUUCUGCCACACUGUAGAAUGUACCUAGCAGAGCUUAGUAUAUUUGUUAAAUGGAUGAUUCAGAUUAUUGUACGUAUUCAAUAAAUAAUUCUUGUCAUAUUAUUGAAAAUAAACUUAAUGUCACUGCCAGAAGUCUCUAGGUUCCUUUUUUCCUAUCACUUUUCCUCCAUCUCCUCCUUUCUGGGCUCUGGCCAGUCCUCUCAGAGAUCCUCUUCCCAGGAACUCCAUUGUCCUGGACCAAGACUUACAAAGAGCAGACUCCACAUCUCCUCAGGUGAGGUGCGAAGGCAGGAAGUCUUUUGAGCUAGAACUGAAUGGAUGGGCUAACAGUAUUUUCUCUCCCACCUCACACUUCAGGACUUCCUUAGGUCCUGAAGUGGGGAGGCUGUACUCCUCGGACUUUUGGAACUGAGUUUAUCCUGGGGUAGAUCAACCAGCGAGCCUCUGCUCUCCAGUUCUGCUAGUUUGUGCUAGUACCCCCUCCCCUACCUCCUUCCUUAGCCCCGCCUCCUUCCUCUGGCUCUGCCCUACUGCCCUGGACACAGUACACACAGCCCAGAGCCUUGGCUCAAAGGAAACAAAAGGAACUGCCUGGGUUCCCAGGGCUAUGGCCAGCACCUUCAUACCGGGGCUGAAUCCUCAGAACCCGCAUUAUAUCCCUGGGUACACUGGACACUGUCCACUACUUCGGUUCAGCAUGGGCCAGACCUAUGGCCAGGUGACUGGUCAGCUACUUCGAGGCCCUCCUGGUCUAGCCUGGCCACCUGCCCGCCGCACACUUCUGCCUCCCAUUCGGCCUCCAAGAUCUCCUGAGGUUCCCAGGGGGAGCCUACCUCUCAGGUGUGGGCAUGAAAGGCUCAGCUCCAACAUGAUCCCUGGAUACACAGGUUUUGUACCUCGGGCACAGUUCAUCUUUGCCAAGAACUGCAGCCAGAUCUGGGCUGAGGCUCUGAAUGAUUUUACUCCGUGGCACGAGGGGCAACAGAGUCAAGAACUGCCAAGUGAGGCCCAGGGAGAAAAAGAUGCGGAGAAAGACCAAGAGCCAAAGCCACAGCUAGAGGUGGAGGCAAAGGAGACAGAGCAAGCUUCUCCCUAUUCCAUGGAUGACAGAGACCCUGGGAAGUUCUUCAUGUCAGGCACUGCAGGAAUUUGGGCAGAAGUACUCAAGGGGCAGAGGUCAGAAGAAUCCCAAACAUCUCCCCCCACUUUCCGGGACCUACUCUCAGAACUUGUAACUUUUGCCUAACUAUGGGGGCUAUGUGCCAGGGUCCAAGUUCCAGUUUGGACACACAUAUGGGCAUCUCACUCGUGAUGCACUGGGCCUCAGCACCGUCCAGAAGCAGCUCCUGGUGUAGGUACCUGGACUUCAAGUUAUC